AUGGAUAAAGUUACCGAGCAGUUGGAGGCAUGGAAGGCUGAGAUUCCUGCCAAAUUGGAACAGGCCCAAAUCUACUUCAACCAGUUCAAGCAAUCGAUUCCAAAGAACGUGGACGAACUCCAGCCUCACAUCGACUACAUCAAGUCCAUUACUCAGGACGACAUAAUAAACGACUUCACCAACUUCAAGGUAACUCCCAUCACAAUUUCCAUCACGAUCACGACUUUGACGACGAUCUUCAUUAUCUCAAAGUUGUUUUGUAGAUGCUCUUCUGACACGAAAACCAAGAAAAAGAACAAGAAGCCUAAAAAGAAACUCUCGAAGGCGCAGAAGGCCAACAAGGAUAUCCAGGCCAUUUUGGACUUUGUUGAAUCCGAGUAUGUGCCUCAGAUCGACACAUACAUUGUGGAAUACAAGAGCUUGAAACCCGAAGAGCUCGAGUACAAGUACAACUACUUUGAAGAAAUGUUGUUGAAGGAGUUGAUGAAGUUGGACGAGGUCGAUGUCAGUGGCAACGAUAUCUUGAGAGAAAACAGAAAGAAAGUGAUAAAAUUUGUCCAGGAUCACCAGAAGAGAUUGGACAGAUUCAAAAAAGAAAGAAACUUCUAA